AUGAUCAUACCUACAAUCAUAGGUGCGGCGUUCUUUUCCGGGCAGGUGUUCGCCCAGUACCCUCCCCCUCCGGAGGGGUUGGAAAAGAUUGAUUCCAAAGUUCUUCCUGGUGCCAGAAUCACCUACAAGAAGGUAGCGCCUAACGUCUGUGACUCAGCUUCAGACUCAUACGCCGGAUAUGUAUAUUUCCCACCAAAUACGAUGAAGGAUGCAAUCCAAGACUUCCCCGUACACUUAUUCUUCUGGUACUUUGAAUCCCAGUUGGACCCCGCGACGUCUCCGUUGUCGAUAUGGCUCCAGGGCGGGCCCGGAGGCUCGUCGAUGUUCGGGGCGUUUACAGAAAAUGGCCCUUGCGCUGUGAAUGAUGACUCUCAAUCCACAUACCGCAAUGAGCACGCUUGGACGAAGCAUGCGAACAUGCUCUACAUUGACCAACCAGUGCAGACUGGCUUCAGCUACGAUAUCGCCACCAACGGCACCCUGGACCUGCUGAGUGGGAAUGUCAUUCCGGGCUCUGACGCUCAAGGUCCCUUCAACCGGACCGGAACGUUUAGCAGCCAAAGGCUGACGUCCACGGCCAACACCACCGCCAACGCCGCGCGCCAUCUCUGGAACUUUGUCCAAGUGUGGCUCCAAGAGUUCAACGUCUAUAAGGAGCAAUCCAAGAAUGACCGAGUCAGCAUUUGGACCGAAUCAUACGGCGGUCGCUAUGGUCCCGGCUUUGCUGCGUACUUCCAUCAGCAAAAUGAGAGAAUCGCCAGUACCCAUGGUACCUUUGCACCGAUAAACCUGGACACCUUGGGGGUCAUCAAUGGAUGCAUCGACCUCCGGACUCAAGAAACAGCUGACCCGGAUUACGCCUAUAAGGGGAACACCUUUGGAGUUACUGCAAUUAACGAAUCCCAAUGGAAUGACGCAAUCAAUGCCUAUGAGAAGCCUCACGGUUGUCGAGAACAGAUAGACAAUUGUCUUGAUCUCGCCGCAGAAAACGACCCAUAUAUGUAUGGCAAUCAUACAUUGGUCAAUGAGGCUUGCUUCGAUACAAGCACCUAUUGCCAAGCAGAAGUCGAAGGGGCAUAUAUCUUUACCAGUAAGCGAGGUUUCUACGACAUCGGUCACUGCAACUUGGAUCCAUUUCCCGCCAACUAUUUCAUCGGCUACUUGGCCAAGGCCGAGGUCCAACAGGCACUAGGGGUUCCCGUUAACUUCACCUUGCUCUCUAAUACGGUUGGAAAAGCGUUCAAUCUCACGGGUGACUACCCGCGACGAGAUACCAUGGGCUAUCUCGGGGACAUCGCCUAUCUCCUCGAGCACAAUGUGCAGGUAGCACUGCUGUACGGAGACCGAGACUACGCCUGUAACUGGAUCGGAGGAGAGCGGGCCAGUCUUAAUGUCCAGUACGAUUCAUCUGCCGCGUUCCAAGCAGCCGGAUAUGCGAACAUCACCCACGGAUCCGAUAUCUGGGGUCAGGUCCGUCAGCAUGGCAACUACUCGUUCAGCCGUAUCUACCAGUCCGGUCACAUGAUUCCCUCAUAUCAACCAGAGGCUGCACUUGAGAUCUUCCGCCGCGUCAUGAGCGGCAAAGAUGUAGAGACGGGAACCGUCGAUGUCACCCCCGGCUAUUCAACCAACGGCACGUCGACGUCCACACAUACAGAUACCUUGCCAUUAGCCCCGGCCCCGACAUGCUACCUUUGGGCCCUGACCGGCACAUGUGCGAAGAAUCAAAUUGAUGCUGUCGGGAAUGAAACCGCGAAGAUUGAGAACUAUGUCAUCACGAGUCCGAAGCAGCCAAGUGAUGCUUGUCCGUAUACGCCUACAUCUGGUGAUUCCGUGGAGCCCGAAUUAUCUCCUGUUUACUGGCGUGAGGACUUGUAG